GUUUUGUGAUUAGCUUCCUAACCAUAAAACGCAUAACCCUACUUCUUAUCCGUUCUAAUUCACGCUUUUUCCCUUUUCUCAAUUUUUGAAUUUGACUGUGCAUGUUCAAAAAUGGCAAGACGAGGAAAAUUAAAAUUCAAAGAUGUCGUUAAAAGUCACGAACAUAAAAAUAAAGUAAAUAAGAAACCUAGACACAACUCAAAGAAGUUUGUAAACAAGGUAAAGAAAGAGAAGAGGAAACACACGGGUCCCCAAAUUUCAGAGGACGCACAACCGAAGAAACCAAAACUAGAAGCGCCCGCAGUAGAAGAAGAGUCGGCUGUUUCUUCAGAUGAUGAAUUUACUUUGAGCAACCUUCUGAAAACAUUUCAGAAUGUUGAGAAUAAAAAAAGACAAAUUGCCAUUGAUAGUAGUGAUAGUGAAGAAGAAAAUGAUGAAUUGAGUGAAGAAAAUCCUGAUCAUGAUGAGGAAGCAGGCAGUAUAAGUGACGAUUCAUCUCUAGAAAGCCAAGAUAACCAACAUCUUGAUGCUAUUAAGGAAGACAUAUCUGAACAUAGCACUGAUGGUGAUGAAAGUGAAAAUGAUGCAGAUGAGGAUAAUCCAUCAAUUUCACAAGGUGAAUUAGAUGAUGAUACAGAAAACACUGAAGAUCCUUUUGUAAAACACAUUUCCUAUGAAUUGAAUGAUGAUCUAUUAAAUUCUUUACAAAGUACACCAGUGUAUGUUAGAUGUGAUACAGAAAAUUGGCCACAGUUAGGAAAUAUGGUAGUACAAAUACCUAAAUGUGAAGUGAAAGUGUCUCAAAGCUCAGUGAUAAUCUCAGAAAAUAAAACAUUUGCACCUGAAGGAACAAUUCCAAAACUUGUAUCAAAGUCUGUAAAACCUGAAACUUUAUUUAUAAAAUCCCAGAUUAUAGGAAACUUGUAUAAAGUGAACAAAAACGUCACUGGUAGUGAACAUUUCAAUUCAUUACAAGCAGAGCUGUUUUCAGUGAUAAAUAAUUAUCAGGAUCUAUAUUAUCCAUAUCGAACAUUUGAAAAUGCAGAAGCAAUUCGAUAUACUUACUGUUUACAUGCAGUAAACCAUAUUUUAAAAACAAGACUAAAAGUUAUUCAUCAUAAUGCUAGGUUGUCUAAGAAAGAUGAAGUACCUGAGGAAUUUCGAGAUCAAGGCUUAGUUAGGCCAAAGGUUCUUUUUAUUGUUCCAUUUAAAGAUGCAGCCUACAAAAUCAUCCGAUUGCUAAUAGAUCUCAUAUUACCAGAGGACAAAGGCAAUGUUAUGAAUAAAAAUAGGUUUUUGGCAGAUUAUACAGGAAACGAAUUGUACCUUCCCAAGAAAAAUCCAAAACCUGAGGACUAUGAACAGACUUUCCAAGGAAAUUCUAGUGAUGAGUUCAAAAUGGGCAUUACUGUUACAAAGAAAAGUCUCAAGCUGUAUGCAGACUUUUACUCAUCUGAUAUAAUAGUGGCAUCACCGUUGGGCUUACGAACCAUCAUUGGUGCCGAAGGAGAAACAGAAAGAGAUUAUGACUUUUUGGCCUCUAUCGAGUUGCUGAUCUUUGAUCAGACGGAAAUAUUUCUUAUGCAAAACUGGGAUCAUGUUUUACAUAUUAUGAACCAUAUUCAUUUGCAGCCAAAGGAAUCGCAUGGUACCGAUUUUUCCAGGUAUUGAAAGCGAUUUGAACACUCCAAAAUAUUUUCUUCGCUAUAUCUUGCAAACUUUUAAUUUGUCGUGUUCGUAUAUCCCUCUAUUUGCACCAGGCUUUUGGGAUUACAAAUAUUGUCACGUUUCCAAUGUAACAAGUAGCAGGCAAAUGUGCUGCAACAUGUUGCAGAAUGUCAGAAUGUCUGGUAAUCAUGCGACAUGUUGCAUGCACUACAAAUAUCUGACGCAAUUUAAUUAUGGACAAACAUACCUUAACAUCCAUUUGAUUUUUCAAGGGUGCGGAUCUGGAAUUUGAACGGUUGGUCAAAAUAUUAUAGACAGACAUUGAUAUUUUCGUCCUUGGUUCUGCCAGAAAUAAACGCGAUCUUCAACAAGCGGUGCUUGAACUAUGCAGGGAAAGUGAAAGUUAGCAACCCAGUUGAAUUCGGCAGCAUCCGGCAGGUCGCGGUGCAGUUGCCCCACGUAUUUCACCGGUUCGAAUGUCGGAACGCGGUGGACGGUAUCGAUGCAAGAUUCGAGUUCUUCAUCAACAAAAUCUUGCCUCACCACAGAGAAAGUCUGAUGAAACAGACACUCAUAUUUAUACCCAGCUAUUUCGAUUAUGUGCGGAUCAGGAAUUACUUCAAAAGGGAAUUUAUAGGGUUUGUGCAGAUAUGUGAAUACUCCAAGGAAGCCAAAGUUGCCAGAGCGAGAGAUAUGUUCUUCCACGGAGACGCUCAUUUCUUAUUAUACACAGAGAGGUUCCAUUUUUUCAACCGGAAACGUAUCAAAGGCAUUCGACAUCUGAUAUUCUACCAACCCCCAAUUUUCCCACAUUUCUAUUACGAAAUGUGCAACCUUAUGCAGGAGGGGAAUCAGAACAGAAAAAUUGGAAGCAACUCAAAUAUGUCCGUGACCGUUAUAUAUUCUAAAUAUGACGUGCAUCAGUUAUCAGCAAUCGUGGGCACGGAAAAGACUGCUAAAAUGGUACAGUCUGAGAGAAGUGUACACAUGAUGGUUACUGGAAAUGAUUAAGACUACCUCUUUUAUUGUUAUGUAUAUUCCAUGUAUGCCUAUGUCAAUAUAAUUUAUUUUUGUUACCUAUCUGUGUAUAUUUUAUUUGCUUGUACAGGGUGGCCGACGGGUUUAUGAAUGUAUUUAUCUUACUGUAAAUAACAAGUGAAAA